AUGACAUGCGUGUCGCGAAAGCUCGCGGCGAGAACUGUGACGGCGUCGCGCAGAAAGCCCACACACUCCGCCUGCGCCGUAGCGGUGUCGUGGGCGCUGCCCACUGUCGCCAGCUGCACCAGCAGCGCUGACGCCUGCGCGAAGAGCGAGUACGAGGCGGCGCUGAGCUGUGUCACUGGCGUUGUUGUUGCUGUUGCCGCCGCCUUGACGGCCCCCAUCACGUGCAGCAGCGCACUGCGGAAGCGCCACGCAAACGGCUCCGUCGCGGUCUCGGCACCACCGCCCCGCUGGGACGCCUGCGCCGCUGCACGCUCCGCCUCUGCAACUGUGGGCACCAGUGGGAGAACAGCCGCCACCACGUCGGCCCAUUUGGACGCAACGCCGAGAACAACGCCUCCAUUCCCGUUCUGCGCGCCGGCAAACGCCGCCGGGACGCCGAGUAGAAGCUCCUGCAGCCCCGCCGCCAACGUGUGGUGGCCGACGAGUGACGUCACCGCAACACCGCUCUUGCGUGGAGCCGCACCAGCAGCAGCAGCAGCAGCAGAGGGCGGCGCCGCGGCGGUCAGGAGCUCAAAAAGUGGGCUUGCCGUUGUGUUCGCUGUGCGAUCGCACAACAUCCGCGCAAGCAUAACCGCACGUGUCACGUCACGCAUCGCAGAUUCGUGCUCAUUGCUCGUGGCGUUUCCCGCCGGUGUGCGAGGCGCACUUGAGGGCCUCUUCUUCUUGUUGCUGCUGGCGUUGUCGCAAAGAAGGCCUCGCGCCGCGUUGGCCACAACACACGCGUCGUGCAACACGAGCCCCAGAAGAGCCAAGCCAACAGGCGAUAGGAAGGACUUCACCACACGCCUCCCGCUGCGCCCCGGUGUUUCGUCCUCCUCUUCACCCAAGCGACGCUCCUCCCGCAGGCAAAGCGCAUAG